GCCAGAUGUAAUGUCAGCUGCUGAAACGGAGCACAAACUGCAUUUCCUUUAUGUUUUCAGUGUAGAUCUUUACUCUUCAGGUCAGUUUGCGUCCCAAUCGGAUCUUUUGAUGAAGGCUCAUUUCAUCUGGAGCACUAAGGAAAAAGGAAAAAGAGACUCAGCAGCACUGUGUGUGUGAGUGUGUGUGUGAGAAGAGAUGAUCAAUAAGCUCAUUAGUUUCCUGAUCGACUCUGAAUCUUCUGCCUGCGACUGAAGCGGCUCAGUCUCUGCUCCACUCUGAGAACUUGAUCAGGACUUUUCCUCUCUUCGUCCCUUCACUUCCUGAGGAGUUGGAGUCAAACUUUGAGCUUUUCCAGCCUGAUCGGAGCUGAAGAGCUGCUGUGUGGAUACAGAGUGUGUGUGAGUGAGUGAGUGAGUGUGUGUGUGUGUGUGUGUGUGUGUGUGUGGGUUCAGGGGACAUCAUGGAGAUCCUGGACAGCAGUGAAGCCUUCCUGCACUGGGACAGAAACCUGAGUGAGCUGUCUGAGUCUGCAGAGAUGGACUGUGCUCUCUACACCAAUCACUUCUCGGAGCUCCUGGACGACCUUUCCCAGGAUGCUCUGCUGGGGCAGCUGCUCAGCGACCCCUUCCUGUCCGGGGGCAGGGGUGCGGCCGAGGCCAUGGAGGGGGAGGACGGCGGCGAGCUGUCCCCGUCGUCCCCGCUGCCGCCGCACAUCACCGCCGAGCACAGCUACUCGCUGUGCGGCGACAGCCGGCCUCAGUCGCCGCUGUCGCACCUGACCGGGGAGCAAGGCAGCGACGCAGGAGAAUCGGACGGCGACUCCACCGAGUGGCCGAUGGAGCAGGAGGAGGCCAUCCAGAGCCUCCUGUGUGAGACCCCGUCCCUCCUCCCCGCCCUGUCUCUGUCCCUGGGCCCCGGCGACGGGCCCCCGGCCGCCGCCGGCCCCCCGGCCGCCGCCGCCGCCGCCGCCGCCACCACCGCCCCUGGAACGGGUACCGUCACCGGCGGCGCUCUGGGAAAAGGCAUCAAGAUUAAAGAGGAGAAUAUCAUCCCUCAGAUUAAACUGGAGCCUCAUGAAGUGGACCAGUUCCUCAAUCUGUCUCCCAAAGGCCUGGAGUCUCUGCAGAUGCCCCCGACGCCCCCCAGCUCCCACGGCAGCGACUCGGAGGGCAGCCAGAGUCCCAUCCACGCCCCCCCGGGCCUGUCCUGCCCCACCUCCCCCACCAGCCCGCCUCCGGCGCCGGCCGGCCUGAAGGUGUCGCCCCGCGCUGCGUCCUCCCUGUCCAACUCCCCGCUGCUCACCGCUCCUCACAAGCUGCAGGGUUCGGGGCCGCUGAUGCUGACCGAGGAGGAGCGGCGCACCCUGGUGGCCGAAGGUUACCCGGUUCCCACCAAGCUGCCGCUCACUAAAGCCGAGGAGAAGGCGCUGAAGAAGAUCCGCAGGAAGAUCAAGAACAAGAUUUCAGCUCAGGAGAGUCGCAGGAAGAAGAAGGAGUACAUGGACGCUCUGGAAAAGAAGGUGGAGACAUGCUCCAAUGAAAACCAUGAACUGCGCAGGAAGGUGGAAACUCUGGAGUGUACCAACAAGUCUCUGCUGCAGCAGCUGCAGUCUCUGCAGGCGGUGGUGGCAGGAAAAGUCCCCAAAUCCUGCAGGGUGGCAGGAACACAGACCUCCUCGUGCCUAAUGAUGGUGGCGUUGUGCUUCGCUCUGUUUCUGGGGAGUUUCUAUCCCAGCAGUCUGACUUCCUGGUCGUCCGUCACUGAAACGGGACUCACAUCCAGACAGACGACAGUCAGAGAAUCCUACACAACCACAGUGAAGUCCAGGUCUCUGCUGUCCGCCUUCGAGGACGAGCAGCCGCACGUCCUCGGGCUGGGCGGCGAGUAUCCCGACCACACGGAGGACGCGCCCGCCGUCGUCAUGGCGGCGUGGCGGCGCUCCGAGCAGCAGAAGAAGAAGGCGGAGGCGGAGCCCGACGGGGCGGAGACGCAGCUGCCCUUCAGGAGCAGCGGCAACGAAACGCAGACGACGAAAAACCUGCUGCUGGACCUGCACAGGUCUUUGGAGCAGAUCACAAAUGAAAGCAGGAGUAAAGUGAUCGAGUUGGAGCGGACGGUCAACGAGACCUCCUGAGGCCCCCCCCCCCCCCUUCACCUGCCCCACCUGCCCCCACCUCUGCUCCUGUCUCCUGCUUCCUCUGGUCACCUUUGACCCCAUAGUUCAGUGUCCUGGAGCAAACCUCGUCCAGUGGCUCCUGCUGCUGAUUGUUUAAGGUCAUUUUCACGGCUUCAUCGGAAACACUGUAACGGUAGAAAAGAGGAGGAUGUUAUAAAGAGAGGGGGGGCACCGGCGGCCCCUCGCUCUCUGAAGUUAAAGUUGCACUGAAUAGUUUCUUCAUGAGUCCAAACAGCAGGUUUGAUGUUGAGGCCACAUUGAAAUCAGUUCAAACAGACCGAGUGGAACAUGUAGCGUGGAAAUUAAAUUAAAAUAUGACGUGUGAGUGUUUGAACAGGACACUGAGGAGGACCUCUGUAUUUAUAUAAACCUUUUUUUUUUAUUUUCUAAAUUUUAUUGCUCUUUAUGGUUAUUAAAUGUUUUUAUUUCAUUCCCGUAAUGCAUACGACCCAUUUUGAUACUUGUGUUCAAACUUUAUUUUAUGUUAUUGUACUCUUUUUAAAUACGUAUUGGCAGUUCUUCUCUGGCUGGAAGGCUUCUGCGCUCAUGAAGAUGAGUUUCAGAGAGAUGUUUUAAAAUUGAGCUUUGAUGAGCUUCACCGAUCGGCUUCUGUGGAUAAGAGCGGUGGAUCCUGUCUGCGUCUGAAAAGGGAAAACAUCUCCACUGUGACUCUUCCUUUUUUACUGUGGGCAUGAAAGAAACACUUAAAUAUGAAUUUCUCUUAAAGAAAAUGACCAUUUUGCUGAACCACAUGGGAUUUCUGGGUUAUUUUUUCUUUCCUUUCAUUGUUCUGCCUUGCACACUUCUUAUUUCUUUUCUCUUCAGCAUUUGCCAAAACUAUUUCUGUCUAGAAAUAGAAAAAAAAAAAAGGAUCUAUUUUUGUAAAUAGAAAUUGUUGUUAAUAAGUAAUAAUGUCUAAAUGUGUCUCUUUAGUUUACGACCAUAUUUCAUCCUGGCUGUUUUGGAUUCUGUAGAUUAUUAUAGAUUAUUUUAGAUUAUCAACCUCUCCCUUCAGGCUUUUGUUCAAGUCUUAAGAUAUUCGUACCACUUCCUGUUUCAUUUCCAUUACUUUGUUUUUAUAUAUUUUCUGAGCUUUUCAAAAAAAUGUGAUUUCAUAUUCUUUAAAUUCAGCUUGAAUUUGCCUUCUUAAGUAGAAAACAAGGUUUAUACCUGGCUGUGGUGUUCAAAGCUUCACAGAUCAGCACUUACAUCAGAUUUAUUGAGUUGAAUCUGUCUCUUCACCGGGUGCAAACUGUAUUUUUCUCACAAAAUUGUGAUAUGAAACAGAUUUUAUUCACCUUUUUCCUGAAACCAGCAGCCAGUAGAAACGUCUCUUUUAUUUCCGUAAAUCUUCCUGCGUCUGUCGUUCCUGUGUAAAGCCAGCCUGAGCUUUCGUUCUGUCUUCUUGCUAUAAAAUUAAUAAAGUAUUUUCAGUAGUAAAAGCA